UUGAAAUGCUGGAAGACCGUUUACUGAAGAGGAAGGAUGCUGAUCUAGAAGUGGAAAAAGACCAGUCCUGCCGCUGUUUUAGAAGACAUGUGGUGUAUAUAAAGUUUGUGGUAGUUGGCGGAAAUUUUAGAAUUUAGAUAAUGGGCUGUGUGCAAUGUAAGGACAAAGAAGCAACAAAACUGACGGAGGAGCGGGAUGGCAGCCUGAACCAGAGCUCCGGGUACCGCUAUGGCACAGACCCCACUCCGCAGCACUACCCCAGCUUCGGUGUGACCUCCAUCCCAAACUACAACAAUUUCCAUGCAGCCGGGGGCCAAGGGCUUACUGUCUUCGGAGGUGUGAACUCCUCGUCUCACACUGGGACCUUGCGUACAAGAGGAGGCACAGGAGUGACACUUUUCGUGGCUCUUUAUGACUAUGAAGCACGGACAGAAGAUGACUUGAGCUUUCACAAAGGAGAAAAAUUUCAAAUAUUAAAUAGCUCGGAAGGAGACUGGUGGGAAGCCCGCUCCUUGACAACUGGAGAGACAGGUUACAUUCCCAGCAAUUAUGUGGCACCAGUUGACUCUAUACAGGCAGAGGAGUGGUACUUUGGAAAACUUGGCCGCAAAGAUGCCGAGCGACAGCUUCUGUCCUUUGGAAACCCAAGAGGUACCUUUCUUAUCCGUGAGAGCGAAACCACCAAAGGUGCCUAUUCACUUUCUAUCCGUGAUUGGGAUGAUAUGAAGGGAGACCAUGUCAAACAUUAUAAAAUUCGCAAACUUGACAAUGGCGGAUACUAUAUCACCACCCGGGCCCAGUUUGAAACCCUUCAGCAGCUUGUACAGCAUUACUCAGAGAGAGCCGCAGGUCUCUGCUGCCGCCUAGUAGUCCCCUGUCACAAAGGGAUGCCAAGGCUUACCGAUCUGUCUGUCAAAACCAAAGAUGUCUGGGAAAUCCCUCGAGAAUCCCUGCAGUUGAUCAAGAGACUGGGAAAUGGGCAGUUUGGGGAAGUAUGGAUGGGUACCUGGAAUGGAAACACAAAAGUAGCCAUAAAGACUCUUAAACCAGGCACAAUGUCCCCUGAAUCGUUCCUGGAGGAAGCACAGAUCAUGAAGAAGCUGAAGCAUGACAAGUUGGUCCAGCUGUAUGCGGUGGUGUCUGAAGAGCCCAUCUACAUUGUCACCGAGUACAUGAAUAAAGGAAGUUUACUUGAUUUCUUGAAAGAUGGUGAAGGAAGAGCUCUGAAAUUACCAAAUCUUGUGGAUAUGGCAGCACAGGUUGCUGCAGGAAUGGCUUACAUUGAGCGCAUGAAUUAUAUCCACAGAGACCUGCGAUCAGCAAACAUCCUAGUGGGGAAUGGACUAAUUUGCAAGAUAGCUGACUUUGGAUUGGCCCGGUUAAUUGAAGACAAUGAGUACACAGCAAGACAAGGUGCAAAGUUCCCCAUUAAAUGGACGGCCCCUGAAGCAGCUCUAUACGGGAGGUUCACAAUCAAGUCUGACGUAUGGUCUUUUGGAAUCUUACUCACAGAGCUGGUCACCAAAGGAAGAGUGCCAUACCCAGGCAUGAACAACCGGGAAGUGCUGGAGCAGGUGGAGCGCGGCUACCGGAUGCCCUGUCCCCAGGACUGCCCCAUCUCUCUGCACGAGCUCAUGAUCCACUGCUGGAAAAAGGACCCCGAGGAGCGCCCCACUUUUGAGUACUUGCAGGGCUUCCUGGAAGACUACUUUACUGCCACAGAGCCCCAGUACCAGCCUGGGGAGAACCUGUGAGGGCCGGGUCUGCAGAGGCCUUGUCCCAGAGGCUCCCCACCCCUACCCAUUAGCUUUCCAUUCUGUAGCCAGCUGCCCUGAGCAGCGAGAACCGUCCAGGAUCAGAUUGCAUGUGACUCUGAAGCUGAUGAACUUCCAUGGCCCUCAUGAAUGACACUUGUCCCCAAAUCCAAACCUCCUCUGUGAAGCAUACGAGACAGAACCUUGUUAUUUCUCAGACUUUGGAAAACUGCAUUGUAUCGAUGUUAUGUUCAGUGUAAAUAGUUACUCCAGUGCCAAGAUCCUAGUGCUUUCCUUUUUUUAAAAUGCAAAUCCUAUGUGAUUUUAACUGUCUUCACCUGAUUCAACUAAAAAAAAAAGUAUUAUUUUCCAAAAGUGGCCUCUUUG